CAAAAACAUGGCUCUUUCUCCCCUCUCCUUCAAACUCAUUGCCUUGAUCUCUUUCCUUCUUCUCUCCCUUUCCAAGGCAUCUCUCGCCACCCUUGGCCAACAUCGUCGUCAUCCUCGUUAUACCCCUCAUAACUAUAGAGACGCUCUCGCCAAAUCUAUCCUUUUCUUCCAAGGCCAAAGGUCCGGGAAGCUCCCUCCGAAUCAAAAGAUGGCUUGGAGGAAAGAUUCUGGUUUAUCUGAUGGCUCAAGCAUGAACGUUGAUUUGGUUGGUGGGUACUAUGAUGCCGGGGACAAUGUGAAGUUUGGGUUUCCCAUGGCUUUCACUACAACUAUGCUUUCAUGGAGUGUUAUUGAGUUUGGUGGAGUUAUGAAAAAUGAACUCAAUAAUGCUAAACAAGCCAUUCGUUGGGCCACUGAUUAUCUCCUCAAAGCUACUGCUCUUCCUGACACCAUUUUUGUUCAGGUGGGUGAUGCUAACAAGGACCAUGCAUGUUGGGAGAGGCCAGAAGAUAUGGACACACCAAGAACUGUGUUGAAAAUAGACAAAAACAACCCUGGUUCUGAAGUAGCUGCUGAAACCGCAGCUGCUCUUGCUUCAGCUUCAUUAGUCUUCAAAACAUCUGAUCCCACCUAUUCCAAACUCUUAAUCAAAACAGCUAUAAGGGUGUUUGAAUUUGGCGAUAAGUACAGAGGAUCCUACAGCAAUGGACUCAAGAAUUUUGUCUGCCCUUUUUACUGCUCUUUCUCUGGUUAUCAAGAUGAGCUAUUAUGGGGUGCUGCUUGGCUACAUAGAGCAACAAAGAACAGUAGCUACUUGAAUUACAUUCAAGAGAAUGGGCAGAAUCUUGGUGGUGUAGAGUUUGAUAAUACUUUUGGUUGGGAUAACAAGCAUGUUGGAGCAAGAAUUCUUCUUUCCAAGGCCUUCUUGAUCCAAAAUGUGAAGUCUCUUCAGGAGUAUAAAGAUCAUGCAGAUAACUUUAUAUGUUCUCUCGUACCUGGCGCUUCUUCUUCCUCUUCUGUUCAGUACACUCCAGGAGGUCUUUUAUUUAAAAUGGGUGAUAGCAACAUGCAAUAUGUGACAUCAACCACAUUUCUAUUAUUAACUUAUGCCAAAUACCUAACCUCUUCUCACACAACUGCCCAUUGCAACGGUCGUACCAUCACUCCCAACGUUUUACGAGCCAUUGCCAAGAAACAGAUCGAUUACCUCCUGGGAGAGAAUCCAUUGAAGAUGUCAUACAUGGUCGGAUAUGGCAGUCGCUACCCACAAAGAAUCCACCAUAGAGCCUCGUCGCUACCGUCGAUUGCAGAGCAUCCGGCGAAGAUCGACUGCUCCUCUGGCUUCUCCGCCAUGCAUUCCAAUUCCCCCAACCCUAAUGUUCUCAUCGGUGCGGUGGUUGGAGGGCCUGAUCAGAAUGAUGGAUUUCCAGAUGAGCGAUCGGAUUUCGAGCAAUCCGAACCAUCCACUUACAUAAAUGCCCCGCUCGUUGGAUCGCUCGCAUAUUUUGCACAUUCCUUCAGCCAACUUUAGUCCCUUCAUCUUAAUUGCAUCGAUUUUCAUAUUUAAUGGAAAUGUAAUCAUGUAUCGUUGGAUUAGCUUUGCAGUAAUUUAUCAAAUGAGCUUAGCUCAAUUAUCAAUAAUUGAGCAUGGCCCUUUCACUCCAGAGGUGAAGGUUUGAUAUCA